AUGUCCGGGAAGCACUACAAGGGCCCUGAAGUCAGUUGUUGCAUCAAAUAUUUCAUCUUUGGCUUCAAUGUCAUAUUCUGGUUUCUGGGAAUAGCAUUUCUUGGAAUUGGACUGUGGGCGUGGAAUGAAAAAGGAGUUCUGUCCAACAUCUCCUCCAUCACCGACCUCGGCGGCUUCGACCCUGUCUGGCUCUUCCUGGUGGUGGGAGGAGUGAUGUUCAUUUUGGGAUUUGCAGGGUGCAUUGGAGCUCUACGGGAAAACACUUUCCUCCUCAAGUUUUUUUCUGUGUUCCUGGGCAUCAUUUUCUUCCUGGAGCUCACUGCCGGGGUGCUGGCAUUCGUUUUCAAAGACUGGAUCAAAGACCAGCUGUACUUCUUCAUAAACAACAACAUCCGAGCGUACAGGGAUGACAUUGACUUGCAAAACCUCAUAGACUUCACCCAGGAAUAUUGGCAGUGCUGUGGGGCUUUUGGAGCUGAUGAUUGGAACCUAAAUAUUUACUUCAAUUGCACAGAUUCCAAUGCAAGUCGGGAGAGGUGCGGCGUGCCAUUCUCCUGCUGUACUAAAGACCCCGCGGAGGAUGUCAUCAACACUCAGUGUGGCUACGAUGCCAGGCAGAAACCAGAGGUCGACCAGCAGAUCGUAAUCUACACGAAAGGCUGCGUGCCCCAGUUUGAGAAGUGGCUGCAGGACAAUUUGACCAUCGUGGCCGGUGUGUUUAUAGGCAUCGCGUUGCUGCAGAUCUUUGGGAUAUGCCUGGCCCAGAACCUGGUCAGCGACAUCGAAGCGGUCAGGGCUAGCUGGUAG